ACGCUGUAUAAAAACAGUUGAAUUCGAAAAAAAUUACCUGAAAAUUUGAAAUCUCCGCCCUCUCUCUCUUCCCGAUGAUCUUCGUCUUUGUGCCGGGUUUUCUUUUAUUUUUCCAUCAGAUCUCAGCUAUUCCAAUUCCGAAUGGUCUACUAGGAAACGUCGAAGUUGAAUGCACUGAUACCACAAUUGAAGCAGUAUUUCUAACGGAAACCAACUUUUUGGGACGUGUAUUCGUAUUGGGUCAUUCUCAAGACAAAGAUUGUGUAUCUCGUGAAACUGGAAGACGCACCACAUCCAUCACAGUUCCACGUGACAAAUGUGGAGUCGAGACUGUUCAACACGGAAAAGGUGCAGGAUAUACGUCAUCUGUCAAUAUUGUCAUUUCAUUCCACGAUAAAUUUUUGACCAAAGUUGAUCGGGCCUAUAACAUUACUUGUCUUUAUGCACCAACUGGAGAUGUUGUAUCAUAUGCAUUGACUGUUCAGCCAUCGCUUCUGAAAGAUAUUCAAGUGCUGGCUGAGCAACCAAGUUGUGAAUAUGAAGUGUUUGAUGUAAGAACUCGUCGUCCAGCAGAAAUUGUUCAUGUUAAUGCACCACUUGAGCACGUAUGGACUUGUGACGGAACUAAUCUUGAUUUGUUCUGUAUGACAGUACAUGAUUGUGUGAUCAACGAGGGCAAAAGCAAGCGUCGCUCGAAGAUUAUUGAUUCGGAAGGAUGUUCACUUGACACAACACGACUUCCAAAUCUUCGAUAUGAGAACAAUAAAUUGUCAGCUCGUGUGAUGUCAAAAGCAUUCCGAUUUGGAGAUGAUGUAGCUGUAGAAUUCGAAUGCAACGUUCGUCUGGAUCUUCGAAAUGGAACUUCGUGUCCGAGACCGAGAUGUUGAUCGUAUUUAGACUUAAAUAAUAAUUACUAUUUUUCUCGUAUCAAAACAAACCCUCUAAUUUAAUUGUUGAGUUGAAAUAUUUGACAUGUUAGAUUUCAAAAUAAAUUAUAUUUUUCU